CUCCUUCUCCCCCGCCUCGCUCACCUGCAAGGGGGGGGGGUGGUGGUGACGUCAGCGAGCUGCAGGCGCGGCGUGAAAAUGGCGGCGUGUUCGUAGCGACCUGGGCGUUGUGCUCCGAAACUCGAGACGCGCCAUCAAUUCCUCACACGCGUGCCGAGGAACUGUGGGAGAUAGAUGCCCACGUAUUUGUUGGGGGCGAGUUGUUGUUUUGUUUUUUUGCGUUUCUUCUUAAUCUGUUUGUAAUUCAUUGACCAGCGAUGUCUGCACCGAAGAUGUCCGUCCCGGGCCUGCUGCUGGCGGCUGUCUUCUUGGCAGUUCCUCUGGGCACAUAUGGCUCGGGCGGGGUGACGGUGACCAUGCCCACUCCCGAAUUGGAGGCGGCACGGGAUGGAGAGAUCAUCCUGCCCUGCACCUACACCAGCACGGUGUCAGAUCGCAACAACUUGUACAUCUCGUGGGCCAAGGAAGAGGAGAAGAACGACAAAAUGGUGAUCGUGUACAUGGGGAAGCAGACAUCCGUGUCGGACGAAUACUUCGUUGGUCGCGUGUCGUUCGCCGGAGACUACCUCGCAAACAACGUGGGCAUCAAGAUCACGAAGCUGCGAAAUGAGGACAAUGGCGUAUACAAGUGCAGUGUCACCAACAUGCCGGGCACAGACAACGGGCACAUCACGCUCAUUGUCCUGGUGGCUCCAACCAAGCCGGUUUUCUCUUUGGAGGGCAAGGCCGAGAUCUACCACGACGUGAAGCUCGUGUGCCGCUGCAACGAGGGUUCUCCGCCACCGACGUUUUCCUGGCGGCGCUUGGACGCCAACGGCAUUCCCGUUGCGUUGCCAGUCGGCUCCCUGGAGGACGCUGCCGCCGGAACGCUGUCGCUGAAGAACCUCACGCUGCAGUCGAGUGGCACCUACGAGUGCACGGCGACGAACAAGGUCGGCAGGAUGGUGACCAACGGCACGCUCUCCGUCACCUACCCCCAGAGCAACGCGAUGAUGUACGGAAUCAUAAUCGGGGCCGGGCUUUUGGGGUUCCUGAUUUUGGUCGGCAUCAUCAUCUACUGCGUGCGGAGGAGGAACCGCAAGCGGCGUGAGGAGGAAGGCUACUACAGCGACGGGGAGUACGAGAUGGAGGGAGAGGAGGGUUACGAUGAGAAGCGCGACCGCGGCAACGCCGGCGACCGCGACGUCCCGCGAGAGAAGUACCUGGCCGUGUCGCGCGCCACCAAGGACGACGAGCGCAGCGACAAGGGCGGCGCUCGGCGCUACCGGAACGGCGGCGGCGACGACGACUACUCGGACAGCGAGUCGCGGCGCGGCAACGGGGACACGGGCCAGCGCAGGAACCGGCGGGACCGAUACUCGGACGACUCCGAUGACGAAAGCCGCGGGCGCCAGUCCCGGCAACGGCGCGACCGGGACGGAGGCGACUACGACCGGGAUCGCCCGCACCACCGCAGCCGCGACCGCGACCUGGACUACGACGGAGAUCGGGGCCGCGAUCGCCCGCACUACCGCAGCCGCGACCGGGGUCUGGACGAUGAUCGCGAUCGCCCGCACUCUCGCAGCCGCGACCGGGGUCUGGACGAAGAUCGCGAUCGCCCGCACUACCGCAGCCGCGAUCGGGGUCUGGACGAAGAUCGCCCGUACUCCCGCAGCCGCGACCGGGGUCUGGACGACGAUCGCCCGCGCAGCCGCGACCUGGAUUACGACGAGGACCGCGGUCGCCCGUACUCCAGAAGCCGCGACCGUGGCCUGGAUCGCGACGACGGGGAGGGCAGCGAGUACCGCGGCAGCGGCGGCGGCGGCGGCGGGGAGCGAUGGCGCGACAACGGCGACUCGCACUCGGAGACGGCGUCGUCGGUGGCGCGCGACACGAGGCCCAGGCCGCCGCCCAACAAACCCAAAAUCAUCCUCGACAACGCCGACGCGACGGCCGACGUGUGACCCCAGGGUCGCGCGAGACACGCCGGCCCUGGCCCACGCCGCCCGCACGUCUACGCACCGCACUCGUGCCACUUGCACCACAUGCAAGACCCGCAACACCUGCACCACCCGUACCACCUGCAACCACCCGCACCACCUGCACCACCCGCCACACCUGCAAUCACCACCCGCACCACCUCCACCACCCGCCACACCUGCGCCACACCCGCACCACCCAUCACUGCUGUCACACCCAUCACCCGCCACACCUGUGCCACCAUGCUACCGCCCACACCACCUGCACACGAGCCCGAAGCGGUUGCGCCGUACAGCGUUCCGAUGCGGUUCCAGCUUGUUCGGCUCGACACGUGUCUGGGUGUCGCUUUGCGCCACGUUGCUGCACGUGGAGCGAAACGCCAGACAACGCGGGGUUCUUGAACACGCGCCCCUCGGGGGCCACCUGAGGCCUUCCGCUUCGAAAUGGCUCGCAAAUGAUGUUCUUCCAUCGCCACGAACGCCUUUUCUCGUACAAUAAUUACUCGCCCGGCCGUCUUCCAGCAGUGAAGUGACCAUGGUUGGUGAUGAUGCAUGCUUCUUGGCCACACUAAUCACUUCAAGGGUCUCCUGCAGUGGAUAAAGUGUGACCCCGCGUGCGCGUGUGUGUGUCGACACGUGGUUGCCUGCUGAAGAUUUUUAAAUAUCCGUUUUAGUCCUAGGUAAAUAAAAGGUUCCUCACCCCUUCA